UUCCUUCUCUCUGUGCUGCUUUCUGUACAUGAGCAGUUGCUCUACUAAGGCAAACUCAUCUGACAGCACUUGGCUAGACACACACAGGACUGCAGUUCCAGGUCAUUGCUGUAGACUAGUCAGUGUCUUGAAAGACAUGAAUAACAUCCCAACAUCAUUUUAAGCUACUUUCUGUAGUUGUUUUUUUUUUAAUAGUUUGCCAAGCUUUCUUUGCAUUGCCAUCAAUGUAUGAAGAAGUUAUGCAUGCAUAUCUAAAAUUCCAGGACUCCAGUAAAACAGAAAAUGGCAAAUCUGGGAUAAAAGUGCCAGCCGCCCCUCCCCGCACCUGGCAGUGCCGUGUGGUGGCUCUGGCUCUGCUCUGCCUUCUGCUGCUGGUUGGACUGGGAAUCUUAGGAAGUAUGUUUUAUGGAACUUUCAACAAUCAAAUGGGAAAAGUGAACAAACUACAGAGCUUCAAAGAAGAACUUCAACAAAAUCUUUCUCUACAACUGAUAGAAAACAUGAAUAGUUCUGGGAAGAUCAGGAACCUCUCUAUCACGCUGCAAAAAAUGGCCACCAAAUUAUGCCAUCAACUAUAUGAAAAAGAUUCAGGACACAAAUGUAAACCUUGUCCAAAGGACUGGUUGUGGCAUGAGGACAGCUGUUAUUUACUCAGUCAGGAGCGUAAAGAUUGGCAAAGCAGUGAACAGGAAUGUCACAAUCUAAAUGCCAGUCUGUUGAAGAUUAAGAACAAAAGCGUAUUGGAUUUUAUAAAAUCCUGGCAUUAUACUUCCUUUUGGCUAGGAUUAUCUCCCAGAAAAAAUUAUGAAAACUCUAAGACAAUUGAAGAGAUAAUUUUCUCCUCUGAUUGGUUAAUAAAUGGCACAUAUGACUUCAGUGGCAAGAUGUAUUGUGGAUAUGGAUACAGUACUAAUUAUCUUUAUUUUAGGCCUUGCACUCAACAAGGCAAUUUUGUAUGUGAGAAAUUGGCUGAUCAAGUGGAGAUUGAGUAUACCCUUGUGAGUGAAGAAACAGAUAUAAUCAAGUAGUUAGUGCACUCAUUUUGUUUCAGUUAUUAUCCUGCAACUAAGGGCAACUUUAUGCAGAAAACUUUUUUGUGGACCAGAUGAGUGGAAUAAAGAUGCUGAGAGACUAAUUUUCUGUCUCUC